AUGGCUAACACGGGAUUGGUGGCUAUUAAUAUUUUCGAUAAUUGCACAAAUAUGGAAACUGCAGGGGUUCAUUUGAAUGGGGAAAAUCGCAAGACAAAUGUACAGAGACAAAACCAGGAAACAACAGUGCUGGAAAGUAUAUCUGCAAAGAAACAUAACGAUGAGCCAAAACGAAGGAAACGGAAGCUUAAGUAUAGGAACAAGAGUCAGUAUUUUGCAGCUAAUAAACCACCCCAGAAUUCGUCUGUGGUGCACGAGACAAAGUCAGUUUCUCGUGGGGACCCCAUAACCCCCGAACAAGUUGAAAAAGCAGUUGAACAGAUAGUUGAGACUGGUCCAUGCAUUCAAACAGUUGAGACUGGUCCAUGUAAUCAAACAGUUGAGACUGGUCCAUGCAAUCAAACAGUUGAGACUGGUCCAUGCAUUCAAACAGUUGAGGCUGGUCCAUGCAUUCAAACAGUUGAGGCUGGUCCAUGGAAUAUGAGUACGAGGGAUCCUCCAGUAGCGGCAGAAAUGGGACUAGCGCAACCAGCACUAGUGGAACCAGCACUAGUGGAACCAGCAACACCAGUACCACCACCAUUGGAACGGCCACUUCCAACCGCUCAAACAGUAUACCCCCAACUGUAUAAAUCUCCCAGAAAAGAGGCACUCUUGCGCCACAAACAAAACGGCCAUGAUCAUUCACCCCCAAUCACAGAGUUUCGAGAGCAUCUCAAGCCCAAACAAGACCAAAUUUCCCCACUAUCCGAAACUUCUUUUUUUGGUAACCCACAGCAACAACACGAAAUGUCGCAUAUGAACCUGGAAGAGAAAGUUAGUCUAUUCAAAUGCAAAUCGCUGAAGAUUAUUGAACUAGUUGGUCAGAACCAAAAUAACGGGUCUUUGCUAGCCCAUGGAGAACUCGAAAUUUUUCAGCUCCACAAUGGAGAUGUUACGUAUUUAUCUUGUGGCGGAAAGCUGUUUAUAUAUCCAUUAUUCCCGAAAAUCAAAAUUCUAAGAAUCAAUUUCAAUCAGUUUUUAUUGCCAUUGUUGAAUCCAGAAAGGUAUUGGAAAAUUUUUAUUAACAGCGAAGAGGAUAGUGUUCUUGAUACUUUGGAAGGUACCCUAAAGUGGAAUGUGCAAUAUAUAAAUAUAAGCAGCGAAAGAACAGAAACAGAAGGGUUUAGUUAUCAACAACAUCAACAACAUCAUCAACAUCAGCAGCAUCGGCAGCAUCACCAUCAGCAUCAGCAGCAUCACCAUCAACAUCAACAUCAGCAUCAGCAUCAACAUCAACAUCAACAUCAACAACAUAAUCUAGAGCAAAAUUUUGUGAUAGAUACACUUACCAAUAAAGAAAGACAAAUUGAUGAUCAACAAGAAGAAUUAUUUGAGAGUCCCAUGACUAUUUUACCCAACAUAAUAGACGAUGACAUACCGGAUUCACCGCCAUCGGCACCACUAUCGCCAACACAAACUCAUCGAAUUUCACAAUUUGCUUUAUCUCCACGUACAAACAACAAUUUGACAAAUCAGAUCAAAAAACAACCUUCUUUGCAGUCGAUAUCAACAAAUGUUGCAUGUCUCGAAAUAAGUAAAGAAACACAUCAAGCAAAACUUGAAAAAUACGACACCAGCCCUUACCGUACUCAAACAGCGUAUCAGAAAAGACAGCAACAACAGCAGCAACAGCAGCGGCAGCGGCAACAACAACAACAACAACAACAACAGCAACAACAGCAACAUCAUUAUACACCGCAUGAACUUAUGUAUGGUCGGCACCGUAGUCAAAACUUCAACCAUAUUCGUCCAAUUGACGAGAGAUCAGAAAGUUCAAUGGACUCUUUGCUAGAGGAGUUUGAAGAAAACAUUGCCAAGUCUGUUAUGCAAGCACCUUCUACAGUAUACAAUUCAAGACCCAUGUCCAGACAACAAUCGCUUGCCUCGAUUCAUAGCCAAAUACCCACAUACUCUCGAGGCAAGUAUUUUCCUGGACAGAUUUGUAAAGACGAGGAAGUUGAUUGUAAUCCUGAGGAAUUGGCGCAGUUGUCCGUAUUAAGGGACCAUAAUAUCAAUCAAUUGGGCAACGGUCACGGCAAUGGGCAUCGUACAACCACGACCAUAAGCAGGCGCUCCUCAAGGAGUGACUUGUAUGCCAAUGAAAGUGGAUGGAUGGAGCCAAAUUUAAGACAAAAUACUCAUCAGCAUCCUCUAUUGCGCGACAACACUUUGUCAAGGUUGCCCAAAUCUACUUCGAGCCAAAGCAUUGCCAGUGGUUUAUCAACAAAUUAUAAUUUGCUGAAUAUUUACAGUUCUGUGAUUGGGCAACGUCGUGAGCGUCAAACACAACUGAUGAGAAACGGACGCUACGCUUCAAAUAAAUUAGACUCGAGAGCUUCAGUAAAAUCGAUGUCGCGACUACCAACAAUCUCAGAUCAAGUGUCAUCAACUUUCAUUAAUAGACGACAAAGUGGUACUUUUAUGCAACCAGCACUGAGUUACAAAUCAGCAAUGUCUGUUACUGGUAAUGUCAAAAUAAGUAACCAAGAUAAAAAGGAUGUGAAACUAAAUUCGAGAGAAAUAUACCACUUACUCAGUAGUAAGCUGUCACUAAAUUCAAAUCAAGAAAGAGUCAAAAUUCAACCAAGGUCUCCUACUAGAAGUGCAAGUUUCACGUCUCGGUUAUUUGGCUGGUAG